GACCAUAUCGUUGUCUAUUGUUGAAAGUUACUGCAGGAAGUAUUUAUCUAGCGGCUAACCAGCCUCGAACGUCAGUGCGGAACGGCGGUUACGAGAGACACGAAUGCACCGAACUCUUUCAGCCAACAGUCUGACGAAAUUUUUUGGAUACGCUUGUGAACGUAUACAGACGACGUUGUCGGUUUUAUCCAGUUGAUAUAGAUAGACGAUUGUUCAAAAGUGCUUCUCAUCCCGAACUCGUAGUCAUCCUGAAUAGAGACAGACGCAGACACUCAAGCACUGCUAGCAACAACUGUGUCGUCACUGCCGGGCUGCUGUCUGUGAAAGGGCAUCAACGAAUUGAGUUGUUGAGAUGGAUCAAAGCACGCGCGAAACGAGGCGAAAACGCCCUAUAGACAUUGCUCGCCUAUUUUACCAGGUCUACUCCACGGUGACAUAGGAGAUGGUCAAAGGACGGCCACUACUUGUCGAAAUCGGCAUCAUUUGCAAUUAAAUGUUAGUAGUAGAGACCUUGUAAAGCCCGCUGGCCACAAUGCUACGAAAACAACAACCGGAGCCAAAACAAAGGACAUAAAUAACAACCAAUUGUUCUUGAUGAGAGAAUUAGGUUACUUUAGCUAACUGUGUGGCCUAAGAGCAAAGCCUCGGAAAUCUUGUUUUUCCGCGAACAACGUCUGUCAGCGCGAACACUGUGAACGUUUUCAGUAUUUGAGCCGAUUGCAUCUAUUCUCGGCCGUGCAGUUUGUGUUGAAUGGCAGCUUAAGGGCUUCCAGUUGUGCUUGUCGCGGCUACCCAAACGUAGUUCCUUAUUCUCUAUUGAGAUAUGCCAGUGGUAAUCAGAAGCAUUUCUUCAUAGGAGUAACGAAACUACUGCACCAGCUCAAGUUGAUUCCACUGUAGGCAUUGCUCUAUGCGCCAACAUGUAGAAACCACUACCUUGAAGGAUAUUUAGCAAAAGGCAACGCACAGAUUAUCUAUUGUCUACGUGCCAUUAAUGCGUCUUUCGGUGCAGCGGAGCUUCAUAUAUUUCCAUCAGAGGCUGGGCUAUUGAUUACAGGAAAAAAAUAGGCUCGUUUUUGCUCCGGUGCCUUCUAAUCUACAGACAUGGCUGUCUCAGCUGUCGAACCUCGCGAACUACUAUACAAGGUUCUCGUAAUCGGUGAACUGGGAACAGGCAAAUCUUCAAUUAUUCGUCGCUACGUGCACAAGAUCUUCAGCGAGCAUUAUCGAGCAACGAUCGGCGUAGAUUUCGCUCUCAAGGUCAUUCAAUGGGAUGAGAAUACUGUCGUUAGACUACAACUUUGGGACAUUGCUGGUCAAGAACGAUUCGGCAAUAUGACUAGAGUGUACUAUAAGGAAGCUGUAGGUGCGUUUGUAGUGUUCGAUUCAACUCGAGGUGCCACUUUUGAGGCUGUCCUCAAAUGGAAGACUGACCUUGACGCGAAGGUUCAUCUAGCCGAUGGAUCGCCUAUACCUUGUGUCCUACUAGCAAACAAGUGUGACUUAAGCAAAGGGGAUGGAAUUAAUCAGGUGAAGAUGAAACAAUUCUGUAAGGCAAAUAACUUUCAUUCAUGGCAUCUCACAUCAGCAAAGACUAACACCAAUAUCGACGAAGCGGCCAGGGACCUCGUUAGCGAGGUAUUGCGAAGGCAAAAGGUAGUCGAGAAGCGGGCGGCAGCGAUUGCAGCUGAAAGUACGGUCAUUUUGAACGAUCUUGGCAGUCCUAGAGUUGGCUUCGGUGAAACAGCUAACAGAUUUAACUGCUGCUGACAAUAACUUAAACGGUCAAGUGGUAACUUGAUCGUAUAUGCCAGGCAAGCUAUUGCUAGUAAUAGCAAGACCCGUCGUUCUACGGUGAUCGGUUGGAUCUGUUGAACUUAAUGGAGGGGAGAGGGGUCGAGUUUGCACUGGAUGCUCCCUGCAAAUGUUCGUUGUAUGUAUAUGUUCUUGUUGACAGUGUAUCCAGCCUAAGUUCGUAGGGGAUCUAUAGAUGUCCUAUCGUGUUAUAACAUGUAGUACUUGAAUAGAGAAAAACGCGUGCUUAGAACAUUUACUAUUAGCAACAAUAAUUUCUCGUUAUUAGACUCGCAGCCGUACAACGCGACAGGGGCGGCCCGCGCGUUAGGCCUGCCCCAUACGUCAGUGACGAGGUAGAACUAACGAAACAGAAAAUUUUAAUUUUCGAACUUCUACACGUAUGAGUCUCACAAUUGCCAUAAGCAUAAGUUCGCAAGCAAGUACAAAGCUUUCCAGUCGAUAGUAUUCAUGCGUGAAAAGCGCUGGUGAACAGAUAUGCGUAGGAAUUUUUGGGAGAUACAGGUAUGGGUGAUCAAUUAGUAAGCAGACGUUCGGACUGGAUUAUACAAAAGAGCGGAGUUACUUGCAAAAUAUGAUGACAUAUUAUUAUUGUCGAUAAUUUCAUAGCACACAUACUCACAAUGACUAGAGCAUUUUAUUACGGAGCAGCUCAGAUGCAGUUCGGAGUACAUAUGAUGAACUAACAGAACAUUGCUCAUUGAUUAUCAAAGAAAGGCGACGCUGGGGCAACGUAAUGAAGGUUUUUUUAUCUAUCACAAAUGAGCCUCGUUUGGAUUUCUCGUAUUGCCCAUUGCCAGCUGCCCGACCUAGGUUUCUUGCGAGCCCGUAAUUUAGAGUUAAUAAACGCUAUUCGUUUGUCAAAUAUUGAAGCUACAUGUAGCAUUCAGCUUUGCUAAAGUCUAUGAGAAGUUUUCACACUAAUGCCAUGACGGCCGUCGUAAGGCAAUAAGGAAUAAUUAGACAUUACAGAUUUUAGCAACUAUUAUUCAAAGCUCGAAAAUUGUGUGAUAGCUGUUUAUGAUUUUUAGGAAAAAGUGUUUCAUAAUGAAUUCAACAUCUUGUCAAUUCGGGGCAGUGUUAGGUAAGAGAAUUCUGCUACCAGCUGGAAUCCUCAAAUUCUGUAGUAAAGCUUGGCUGAAUAAAAGUGAUUGACGCUUGUAUUGAA